AUGAAUGACAACGAAAAGGAAGAGGCUGCUAAUUUGAAAGAAGAGUUUGAAUGGGUGCUUCGUGAAGAAGUGCACGCUAUAUUACAUCAGCUUCAUACAGUUUUAGUCGAAUGUGCCCAUAGAUUUCCUGUACCUUUGUAUGGGAAUGAAGGUCAGAAGCAGGAUAAAUUCAUACUAACUUCACAACCAGAGCAAUUAAAAUGCAUAGUUACAUUAACUGGUGACAGUAUCACCCAUGCCGAUAUAAGUUUCAAGGUAUUGAGGCAAAUGCAUUCAAUUUGUCGCACAUCCAUCAAUCAGGAUGGACCUUGGAAGUUACAGCAGAUACAGGAUGCUGCCAACCAUUUGCAACAGGCUAUUGGUUACAUUGAUAAUGUAGAUAAACAUUAUGUGUUCAGGUCUUCUGAAGAGGUAUUGCAUAUUAUACAGUGUUUGUUGGGUUCCCUGCAAAGAGCUCGUACAGCAUUAGUUUUGCCUAAGAAGAAAGCUAUUGAUGAGCUUAUGAAGAGUAGAAAUAUGAAAGCACUCUCACCAAAUCUGCCUGAAGAUUUAGCAAUAUCCUUUUAUAUUCAGUCUCAUAAACUGAUAUUUGUUGCUUACCAGUUGAGUUCAGUUCAUGGUACAAUGCGUAUAGAUUCAUGUCAAGCGGACUGUGCUGUGCCUUGGCUGAGCGAUGUUUUAUUUAUGUUAACAGCUGCAUUGCACAUGUGUCAACAACUAAAAGAUAAGCUGUGCGUGUUCUCUCAAUACAAAGAUUUUACCGUCGGAUCGAGAUCCGCCUCGAUGGUCUUCAAU